AUGGCUUGUUCUCUGGACUCUGACUGCCGGAGUCACCACUUUUGGCUUCUAAAUUCUGUCUCUGGAAAUGUGGGAAGAAGUCUGUGUGGGGCUGGCCCUGGGCAAGUGGGCCAGGCCACAUCUCUGAGUAAGACUGAAGACUUGCUGGAAACAGUGAAAAAGCUGCAGAAAGAGGGAAGCCUGGAACCCCAGAUUGAGGACCUGAUUCAUCGAAUUAAUGAGCUGCAGCAAGAAAAGAGGAGAUCCAGCGUGGAACUGGGAGAGGCCCAAGCACUCCAGGAAGCCAUGAAUCAGGAACUAGAUUCCUUGAAUGACGAGAAAGCUCACCUAGAGGAGGUCCUGGGCAAGAAGCAAGAGGCUCUGAUGAUUCUCCAGAAGCAUUGCCAAGAGAAGGAAAGCGAGACUCAGUGGUUGAAUGCUAACGGCCAACUGGAGGAGCAAGUGGAGGAUCUGACAAAUCAGCGCAAGGACCUCUGGGAGUUCCAUGUCCUGCAGCAGCGGCUGACCCAGGAGAUCAGCACAAUGGAACACAACCAGGAUCAGCUGCUGACGGAGAGGACUCUGCUGUGUGCCAGACUGCAGGAAGUGGAGAAGAGGCUGCAGACAGCUAGGGAGGCCCAGAACCCCCUUGGCAACUGUGGGCUGGAGGAAUUGGGGGGGCAGUCCCAGAGCAUCCUGGAAAGUCAGAAUGACAGGGGAGACAUAGGCACCCAGUGAACAGAAGCAGAGACUAGAGAGAAGUUGACCAAAGAGGAGCAGCAUCAGUUGGAGCCAUCAGGAGAGCUGCCAGGGACAGGGAUGCCCUGCUCGGCCAUGAGGAGCCACCAGUGCUCAUGUCCCUUUAACGCCUACCAAGAAAUAAAGAUGAUUGCUAG